AAGGGUGAUAAUUGGUAAAAUACUAAAUACUAGUAGUAUCUAUCUACGAACUACUUGUGGUAACAUAGCAUGGGGCACACAUUCAAAUCCGCAGGCUGUGGCUCGAUGUCACUGCACGUGUAUAAACUACGGCGUCGUCGUCAGACAUUUGCAAAACCAGUUAAACAACGAUGACCUCAACCACACUAUUCACGACUCCACCACCACCGUCGACAACCUCAGCAGCUCCGGUAGACAAAGACAACCUCGCCCUCCUAAUCGACAACUCCAAAUCCACACACCAUCUUCUCCAAAUCCACGCCGCACUCCUCCGCCGCGGCCUCCACCACCACCCAAUCCUCAACUUCAAGCUCCAACGCUCCUACGCCUCCCUCGGUCACCUCCACCACUCCGUCACCCUCUUCCACCGCACCCCAAACCCUAACGUCUUCCUAUGGACCCACAUCAUCAACGCCCACGCGCAUUUCGACCUCUUCCACCACGCGCUCUCUUAUUACUCCCAAAUGCUAACCCACCCUAUCCAACCCAACGCCUUCACACUUUCUUCCCUCCUCAAGGCUUGCACCCUCCACCCCGCCAGAGCCGUUCACUCUCACGCCAUCAAGUUCGGCCUAAGCUCCCACCUUUACGUCUCCACGGGCCUCGUUGACGCCUACGCUCGAGGCGGCGACGUUGCGUCCGCGCAGAAACUGUUUGAUGCAAUGCCUGAGAGGAGUUUGGUCUCUUAUACCGCCAUGCUUACAUGCUACGCGAAACACGGGAUGCUCCCGGAGGCGAGGGUGUUGUUUGAAGGGAUGGGGAUGAAGGAUGUGGUGUGUUGGAACGUGAUGAUUGAUGGGUAUGCCCAGCAUGGGUGUCCCAAUGAGGCUUUGGUGUUUUUCAGGAAAAUGAUGAUGAUGAUGGGUGGGAAUGGGAACGGGAAAGUUAGGCCGAAUGAGAUAACUGUGGUGGCUGUUUUAUCUUCUUGUGGACAGGUUGGUGCAUUGGAGUGUGGUAAGUGGGUGCAUUCGUAUGUUGAGAAUAAUGGGAUUAAGGUUAAUGUUCGGGUUGGAACUGCGUUGGUUGAUAUGUAUUGUAAAUGUGGGAGUUUGGAGGAUGCACGCAAGGUAUUUGAUGUAAUGGAGGGAAAGGAUGUGGUGGCGUGGAACUCCAUGAUUAUGGGGUAUGGCAUACACGGGUUUAGUGAUGAGGCUUUGCAGUUGUUUCAUGAGAUGUGUUGUAUUGGGGUUAAACCUUCUGAUAUUACCUUUGUUGCUGUUCUGACUGCAUGUGCGCAUGCGGGUUUGGUGAGCAAAGGAUGGGAGGUUUUCGAUUCGAUGAAGGAUGGGUAUGGGAUGGAACCAAAGGUUGAGCAUUAUGGGUGUAUGGUGAAUCUUCUUGGCCGAGCUGGGCGCAUGCAGGAAGCUUAUGACCUUGUGAGGAGCAUGGAGGUUGAGCCUGAUCCGGUGCUGUGGGGGACUUUGCUUUGGGCUUGUAGAAUACAUAGCAAUGUUUCUUUGGGAGAGGAAAUUGCGGAGAUUCUUGUGAGCAAUGGUUUGGCUAGUUCAGGGACUUAUGUCCUUCUUUCUAACAUGUAUGCUGCUGCUCGAAACUGGGUUGGUGUAGCUAAGGUGAGAUCAAUGAUGAAAGGGAGUGGGGUUGAGAAGGAACCUGGUUGUAGUUCAAUUGAAGUUAAAAACAGGGUGCAUGAAUUUGUUGCUGGUGAUAGAAGACACCCGAGGAGCAAGGAUAUAUAUUCGAUGCUGGAGAAGAUGAAUGGCUGGCUCAAGGAACGCCAUUAUACACCAAAAACAGAUGCGGUGCUACAUGACAUAGGGGAACAAGAAAAAGAGCAAUCGUUGGAAGUUCAUAGUGAGAAGCUUGCCUUAGCGUUUGGGCUUAUCAGUACCAGUCCAGGAGCUGCAAUCAAGAUUGUAAAGAACCUUCGAGUGUGUUUAGAUUGUCAUGCAGUGAUGAAGAUAAUGUCUAAGAUCUCUGGCCGGAAAAUAAUAAUGAGAGACCGGAACCGGUUUCACCACUUUGAGAACGGUUCAUGUUCAUGUAGGGAUUACUGGUGAACAUAACUCCUUAUUUGUCCAUAAAAUUCCUUUCUUCUAAAAAGGGAAGCACCAGAUUUGCUGACAGCAGCUUUGUAUGUAACCGCAGCUAAAGUAUUAAAAUUCAUAAGAAAAUUUAAGAUCGAAGAUUGUAUAUUAAUGUCA